AGGGAGAAAUGCAGAGGCAGCACAGACAUUGCUACAACGGCUUCUAAUCACUACAGUCCCAGCCACCGAGCGAGGGAGACACAGGCAAGCCAGGCUAGCCAGGGCAGGCACUAGCCCAGCACCAGUCUUUGUGACACCGGGGUACACAAAACACACAAGGACAGACACAGGAGAUCCUACAAGGGCUUUAAACAUGGGAGGAAAGCUGAGCAAGAAGAAGAAGGGAUACAAUGUAAAUGAUGACAAAUCCAAAGACAAGGACAAAAAGGCUGAUGAAACAAAUACGGAAGAAGAGGGGGCAACUAAAGCCAAUGAGGAAUCUCAGCCUGUUGUAGAAAAUGCAGAUGCAAAGGAAAAUAAGGAUGAGAAGAAUGAUAAGGAUUCCCAAGUGGCAGAGAACAAGACUGAGGUCAAGGAAGGAGACAAAGAUGGAGAUAACAAGGAGGCUGUACAAAAAACAGAAUCUGAGAAGACCGAGGCUCCUUCUGAAGCCAAGGCAGAACCUCAGAGUGCGGAACCCCCUGCAUCUAAGCAAGAGGAACCAGCAGCUGAACCUACCACUGAGGCUAAGGUUUCCCAGCCUUCAGAAGCACCAGCACCAAGUAAAGUAGAGGAGAAGAGCAAGGAGGAUGGGGAAGCCAAAAAGACUGAGGCUCCCUCCGCUCCAGAGGCCAAAACUGAGUCUGCUCCAGCUGCAGACUCUGAGCCUGCUCCAUCUUCUGUGAAGUCUCCCGAACCUGAAGCAUCUAGUACUUCUACUAAGGCCUCUGAACCUGCAGGACCAGCUGAAGAAGUUAAAGCUACUGAAACCCCAGCAGCUAAUUCUGAUCAAUCCGUAGCAGUUCAAGAGUAAAAUGGACAGCCUGUUUGAAAUAACCACCUAAAACAACCUUCAGUUAUGUUUUUCUUUUGUUUUUGAUAAUUUUUUUCAGCUAUACUAACAAACUUGAUUUAGAUUUGAAUUAAAUAAUGUAAUGCCCAGAAACAAUAUAAAAAUCCAAAUAGUAUUUUUGUGGGGGACAAAAUGUACAAAAUAAACAUUCCACCAAAUCUGUCAAGUAAAUUUUAAAGAAAAGAAAAAAAAGUUUAGCUAUAUAGAUGUUUGUGAGCUUUUUUUUUUUUUGUACAUCUGAGCAGCAGCUAUAAAAUAGAAGGUCAACGUACAGUGAUCUUUGUUUUCCCACCUGCAAUGAGAUUGCAGGAGAUAUUUUCUCUGAAUUUGCCCAUAGGGCUUGUGCCAAGGCAAUCAAAUCUUUUUCAGAGAUUUUUUUUUUUUUUUUUUUUUUUUUUUUUUUUUUUUCAUUUGCAGUCUACUUUUUUUUUUUUUUUUUAAUGCAGUAAAUAAAGGCCAAACUUUUCCAACAAAAUCCCACUUUAGCUGUCUUAUUCCUCUCCAGAUAUUUUGGGAGUAACAACAUCCUCAUCCUACUUAGUCUACCUAGAUUUCUCAUGAUGAAAUAAUGCAUGUCUGUGGUUGGGUGCACCUGUAGUUCUGUUUAUUGGUCAGUGGAAAUAAUAAUAAUUAAAAAACAAAAAAAAAAGUCUGCGUUGAUUUGCAGUUCCAGUUUUUCUUCCAUUCUAUGUCACAGACACCAACACAAAACUCAUUGGAAAGCAAGUAACUAUUUAAAAAUAACAAAAAAAAAGCAAAACCGAAACAAAAUAAAAAAAAUAAAAAAAAAUACGGAAGAUGUAAAAUGGAUGCAUUGAAAAUAUAUGUAAUUGUAUAAAUGGUGCAACAGUAAUAAAAGUUAAAUAAUUAAGAAACACA